UGGAAUUUUAUCUGUUAUCUGAACACGGCUCUUUUUGCUUUCCAAUCUGUUUGAAUUAUGUGACUCUUUGUUGGUGUUUGACAGAAUGCAAGUAGAAAAUCAGAAAUAAUUGACAUGGCAGCCAAGUUCAACAAGCCAUCAGCUGCCCCUUUCUUCUAUGGGAGGAUUACAAGGGAGGAAGCUGAAUGGUUUCUAAGGGAAAGGGGCACAGAAGAGGGAUUGUUUCUGUUGAGAGAAAGCAUUAGUCCCCUCGGGAACUACGCCAUUAGCAUCUGCCACAAUAACAAUGUUCACCAUUACAGUAUAGAGAAACGUCUUGAUGGACAGUUCAUGAUUGCGGAGGGAAAACCUUUUCCAGGUCCCCUGGAACUUAUUGAGCACCACAAAACUACAAUCGAUGGAUUUGUCACAAAACCAACUAAACCAUGUAACCGUUCCAAAUUUCAACCCGCUAUUGCUUUCAGGGGAAUGACUUAUACGGAUCUGGAGAAUGAAUUGCUGAAAAAAGCAGAAAAAAUGAAGAAUGUAAGAAUGGAGACAGCACUUGGUGCCCAGAGGGACCAUCUGAUGGUAAUGGUCGCCAAGGACCUCCACACACAGAUGCCCUGGUUUCACGGAAGCAUCAGUCGAGACGAAGCCGACAAGAGGCUGACAGCUGACGGUCAUGAAGAUGGGAAAUUCUUAGUACGUCUUCGAGAAGAUAGGAAAACAUUUGCCCUGUCUUUAAGUCAUAAAGGAGAAGCUCGACAUUAUAUGAUUGAAAAGAAAGAUAAAUUUCACAUUUUAGGAGGACCAAAAUUUGACUGUAUAAUGAUGAUGAUUGAUCAUUACCACAACAAGGCAGACGGACUUCUAUGUAAGCUUGUCCUCCCCUGUCCAGCUCCAAAUUUUGACAAAGGCAAAUGGAGAAAAUAUAUGGACUAUAACUGUAGUAAUUUAGCAUAUGGAUCAACAGAACAGAUCUCCAGGAGUCGGAAUGGAAGCUUCCAGGACACAGUUGAUGCACCAGGUAUACCUUCAUAUCGAGCCCCACAGCCACCUGUCCACAGUAUGGACUUCCCCCCUGCUGUUCCUCCUUCACGCAGUGAAAGACGCACAUCUAGUCGUGCCCGAGCCCCAUUGCCACCACUACCUCGAGGCAUUAAUGAAGAAAUGUGGGAGGAACAAGAUCGACCGACAGAGCGACACAAGUCUAUGCAUGACAUCGACGCCAACAACCUGAUGAAGAUUUAUGACACAGUCCCCAGGAAUGAGGAAAUGUUUUCUCUUCGGAGGUCACAAAUCAAGCUUGAUCAGGAAAAUUUAGGAUCUGGUCAGUUUGGCUCAGUUGCUAAGGGAGAGUGUACGCUUAGGAAUGGUAAUGUUAUCCCAGUAGCUGUUAAAACCCUAAAGAAUGAAGAUGUUGGUGCCAAAGAAGAGAUGUUGAAGGAGGCUCGUUUUAUGAUGAACCUUAAUCAUAAACACAUAAUUCGAAUGAUUGGUAUAUGUGAUGCUGAUUGUGUUAUGCUGGUUUUGGAACUGGCUCCCAAAGGUCCCCUUAAUUCCUUCUUAAAGAAUAACAAAGACAUGAAGCAGUCAAACAUUGUAGAAAUUAUGUGGCAGGUAGCUCAGGGAAUGGAGUAUCUCCAACAGAAGAAGCACGUACAUCGAGAUCUGGCGGCACGUAAUGUGUUACUGGUCGACGAACACACGGCAAAAAUCAGUGACUUUGGAAUGUCUAAAGCAAUGUCUAGAGAGCAGAACUAUUAUGAGGCUCAGAAUGCAGGAAAAUGGCCCCUUAAGUGGUAUGCACCAGAGUGUGUAUAUUACUGGAAAUUUGACAGUAAAUCUGAUGUCUGGAGUUACGGAGUAACGCUGUGGGAGGCGACAUCUUACGGUGACAAACCAUACAGAAAAAUGAAAGGACAAGAAAUUUUACAUUUCCUUGUGGAGGAGAACAAAAGAUUACAAAAGCCGUCUCGUUGUCCAGAGGAGGUGUAUGAAGUGAUGUUAGAUUGCUGGAAGUAUGAUAAAAAUGAAAGACCAACAUUCACACAAUUGGAAACGAGGAUGGCUUAUAUUUAUAACUGUUUGAAAGAGAGAGGGGAAUGAAAGUCCUCAGAAAGAUUCAUCCUCAGAUAACUUCAUGGGUGAUUGAUUGAAAGGAGAUACCUGCUUCUACGUUCUCGAAAAAUGUUUUUGGAGUGAGGUACAUAAAUUGUUACUUGUAUUUUGAACUAGAAUAUUGUCUAGCAUUUUUUUGGGGUCAUGAACACUUGACUAAGUGAAUUCUGUAAUUUUAUGAACUUGAUUUAUUUUUUUCAAAAUGAUUGAAAAUGAUGCUGUACACAAAAGUCAUGAGUUUAUGACAAGAUAAAAUGUCUGUCUUAAAGGAUUUAAGGGUAAUAUACAGCAGUAGACUUUAAAAAUAGUAACUGUAAUGUUUCAAAUAUUCUUACAUCUUUGUCAAUGUUUUAAGAUGAUAAACUUUGUUAUUUGUAUGGGAGUGAAUAAACAAUGGUGUCAUUAUUACUGUGAAAAUCACCCAUAGUUCCAAAGGAACACAAUGUGUCUAUUUCUUGUUAUGCAAUUUACAUUGUAUAUUUAUGUUGUUUGUUACUCUAAACAUGUUCAACGUCAAAGAAAAAAACCCUGAAUGUUGAUGAGGAUAUGUGAUUCUUCUUUUGCAGAAAGAGUAAAUGUUAUUGUACAUAUAUAGUAAUAUCUGCCUACAUGUUGCACACAUGUACAUAUGUAUUAUGCUUCAUUUUGAUUCAUACAACUACAUAUGUAAACAUGUAGGGUUUUAUUUACAAAUAAGAGAACUUUAUUUAUUUUAUAUGAUUUUUUCAAUAUUAAUCAUCAAUAACAAAUGAAAUACAUGUAACUCUUAUUAUCAUGACACAUAAAACUCUGGCAUAUAACUGCAGUGCUAUUGUAACAAUCAAGUCACAUGAACAAGUGAUUUAUAAAUAACAGGGCUUCGUUCAGUAACCCAUACCAGCAGACAUGAAAUGGUGCAAUGAUUAUAGAGAUUCUCUGUUUUCUGUCUCUUUUUGUUUGUUCUUUCUACAUAUCAUGUUGCAUUGUAUAGAUAUUUCUAAAGUAUUCAUAUAGUAUUUUAAGUGAAUGUAUUUUUAUAGAGACAUACAUGUAUAUUUUUGUACGUUGGUAUUUUUCUACAUCCCUGCCUGCAAGCAAUCUUGUACAUAUAUUUUCUAGACAAUAGAAUUUUUUCUAGACUUGUCCCAUUGAACAUUCCUGUAUUUACUUAAAAUUAGUUAUAUCCAACUUAAUUUUUAUAUUAUACCCCCCUUCCCCUCCAAGUUCAAACAUUCCUAUAUUUAUAUGAAAGUACCUAUAAGAUUUAUCAUAACUAUAUCUUUCAAAACAGCUGAAACAUUCCUUGUAUAGAAUUAUGCAAUUUGUAGUCAAAUAAACCUCUGAAUGGUACAGAGAAAAGCAUUCUAGAAUUGUCACGUUUUCACGCCUUUCCCAGGUAAUUGAGCUUUAAAUUAAACUUAUAAUCAUGAAGAAAAGAUAAUCAACAUAAGUGAUAUCAUUAUAAUUCAAACACAUUAUUUAAACACACUGUAUCCAAAACAUUAGAUAGAGAGACUGCAUAUUUAAUCUUGAAACUUAGAAAAACUAUCAAAAGUUGACUGUUUUGGAGCUCCAUUUUUAAUGACUUAGGCUUCAGAUUGAGCUGUAUUUAUUCUUUUAUACCUUCGUGUUUCUCAGUCUGUUAGAUAUUACUGGGUUAACACCGUAUGUCAAAAUGGCUUUAAGUCAAAAAUAGUUAUCGCUUACCUCUAAGCUAAAAAAAUGGAUGGCUAUUGAGAUAUACUUUAUACAGCUUUAUACUGUAAGCAGAUUUAGGUUUGCUACUUUGACAGCAGAGUUGUAGUGGAAAUGAUGUUAAGCAUACAUAUAUAAUGAAUAAAUAAUCUGUAGAGAAAACUACAAAGCCAAAACAGAUAAAAGAUUUUGUGUAGGAAAUGUGAAAAUAACCACAAGCAAAUUUAAACACAAAACAGUAACACAUUUUGCCUAAAAAUACAUUGUUCUCUUUGUUCUCUUUGAUAGUGAUGUAAUAAGUAGUAUUAAAGCUUUUUCAGGAAAUUCUGACAAAUUACAAGUAUUUCUCAGGGGGAGAACCCCUGUAUGUGUGUCUGUUUUAUGAACACAUUUACUUGCUACUUUUUUGGUGUAUUUAUUGUAAAGUGAUGUUUAUAGAAUGUUGAAUUGUGUGUGCAUAGUGAUUUGUAAGGAAGUAUAUUUACAAGCAUUUCACUACAAAUUUGAUGAUGAGAAUGUUAGUUUAUGUACAUGUAUUAUUUGAAACUAUCAAUAUUAAUGUCAUUUUGAGAUAAAUAUACUGUACAUCUUCACAAGCCACUUGUUUUAAUCUGCCUUUUGCUCCUACACUUUUUCCCCCUUUUUUUCGGUAUGAACAAGCUUGAAUACCUAUAGUUUUUGACAAUUAUGUAUAUAAGACAUUUUCUUAUUACUCAAAAUUAGCCAUUAAUAUAGGUUCUAUCGUUUUCUUAUUAAGUCAAAUCUAUCGUGCUUGAAUUAUUAUGCAAACUUUAUUUAAAGAAACACAUUGAGUCAUUUUCUCACAAAAUUUCAGACAUUGGUCGUUAUACUGUAUUCAGAGCUAAUGAAUAUUUAAGAUAUUCAUUUUAAAUGCUGCUAAAUGGUAGCUGAAAUGUUCAUAUAAUUGCAAUCUGAUAAGAACACUUAACAAGAUGGAGAUAUAUAGUGUGUAUGCCACUAGAAAUCAGAAUUUUUGUGUCAAGGUAAAUCAGCAAAUUUUCUUCCUCAAUGUCAGAUUUAAUUAUAAAAGUGUUUGCAACUUUACUGAAUAUAUAAUUAUUCAGAUAUCACUAAUACUUUCAUUUUGAAGUUGUACAACAAAGUUGAAUGAUUUUUUAAAUAAAAAAAAAAACCAUACAUACCACUGG